UGAGCAUCUAACAGUGAGUGACGGCACCUCCUCCUCUGGCACCAUGGAAACCCUGGUGUCGGGAUGGAUGCCCAGAGCUGGACUCCUGCUGCUGCCCCUUCUCCUCUGCUUCGGGCCAGAGACUGUCGAGAGCACCAAACCCAUGGCGCUGAGAGAGAUUGUGGAUCAUGUAGAUAAGGAUGGGUUGGCUGUUGAAUACGCCUUCGCCGUCAGCCUGGAGAAAGCCAGCUGCGAGAACACAUCUAGUCUGGAACAGGUGCUGCUCAGGAACAAGCUGUGGGACAUGCAGGCGGCCAUUAACCAAGUGGGCGGCCUGCAGAACCCAGAUGAAGGGCACAUUGUGGCUCCCCGGAUGAAGCAGCAGGGUGACCAGAACAGCCCUGUGCAGAAGAUCCUGGCCCAGAUGUACAACGAGAGAAGCUGCCUGAUCUUCUUCACCGUCCACUCGCCCUGUGCGGGGACGUGCCUGCUGGGGAAGAGACCCCACAACAUCCUGUGGCUGGUGAGCGACACCUUCCGCCCCAUCGACCACAACUACAAGGCCUUCGUCUUCCGGCAGAUCUACCGGCAGGACCGGGACCUGGGUCCCAAAAGCCUGCUGGAGGCCUGGCACCGGCUGCCCGACGUGCCCCUGCUGCGCUGCGACACCACGGGCUGCAGGGACUGCAGAAGGAACGACCCCAACACCGACACCAACGCCUGCCUGGACGAGAUGCGAGCCAUGAGGCAGCCGCUGCACCCACCUGGCAGGGGGCAGGAGAGAGAGCAGGUGGGAGAGGGGAGAGCAGAGGUUGGAGGGGAGAGCAGGGGGCACCUUCGGAGGGCUGGGGAGAUGUGCGCUCCUUCGGAAACGCUGCGGACGCCUUAG